AAGCGAAUCACCUCAUGUUAAAUAACCUGAGACCUAGAGUACCUCCACGUCUUCCUUUCUUAACCAGUUGAUAAGCCUUCGUCCUGAAAAACAGACCUUCUUUACUCGGUGAGUAAUAUGGUCGGAAAUUUUGCUGGGGGAAUGCGACUUGAAUAUGGAGGAACCCCAGAACAUUUUCAACGUGUAUUAAGUUCUCUGGUCGUGAGAAGGAAAUGUCUGACAGAGCUCUUGACAGUUACUUUGAGCGUCGAAAGGAGGAGGCGCGACGACAGCAGGAGGAGGAGAAGCAAAAGCGAGAGGAGGAAAAGCAGCGAGAAAGGGAGAAAUCAGACGAAUAAGUGACUAUCACUGACUUGGACGCUCAACUGCGUUAGAAUAGGGAUCAAUAUACGGGAUGGAUAGUAGUUAGAGAAGGACGAGGAGUAUAUGGCGGAGAGGGCGGAGUGGGAGAAGAAUUUAGAUGCGAAGCUCUGGGCGCAAUUUCCCGAACUUUUCGAGGACAACGGGGACGACGAGGACGACGACGAGGAAGUUGACUCCACAAAGUGAAUCCCGAAAAUGCCCGCUGUCGUAUCUAUAUUAUUUAAAUGGUAUAAGGGGGUUGAAGAUUGCGAGGUCUAUCUCGAUAAAAUAUGCCUUAAUAUAGGUUUUCCCUGACGCGUUAGGUUUCCCUAUAUAUAUGCGAAUGCAAAGG